AGCCUAUUUGCUUCUUUAUCAAGGGUUGAGCACGCUACUAAUUUACAUACAAGGUGUGGUGACCAUGGUUUGUGAAUUUAGCAAACAGUAUAGGCUAUAAUGUAGGACGACACGGAGCGCGCCACGGAUUGGAAAUGUAGGCAAAACGCAGGAUUUAGCAUUAGAGACCUGAAAAGAAUCACAGAGGCUCCCCCCACUGGCGGUGGCUGGGAUCACUUUAUUGUUUUUGACUAGUGGAAGACACAUUCUUACUGGUUUAACAAAAAUAGAUGGCUAACCAAACUACUGGAGAACACAUGCUUGAAGUUGCUAGGUGAGGUUUUGAUUGGCUGAGGUUUGAGAAGCACGACCUCACAAAUCAGACCACAUGGAGGUCAAAGGGCGCCUCAUCACAUCCAUGAGUGUGGGGGCUCCAGAUCAGGACAGCAAGCUGCAAGCUGAACGCAUCUCAGCACUGCAGGAGAGAAAGCAACUCCUGGAGGACCUCCUCAGCAGCCGAGUGGGAGAGCUGAGACAAGUGUGUCUGCUGGAGGCGGAGCUGACCGGGAAGGUCCCACAUGUUUUCCCCCUGGAGACAGGAGAGAGAGCUCCCGUUGUACAGCGCAGGUCUGGCCUGCCACAUAACAACACCAGGGGAGAGGAUGAGACAGGUCAGCGAAGGCAGAUGAAAACAAUCUUCAGUGGUGCUCUGUACAGGCACUCAGAGUCAGACAGGAAUGUCCCCAACAGCAGGAGGACCGUUCACCGGGGAUGCCACACAGAGGACACGGUGAUGUCAGAGAGCACUAGCUCCAUGUCAGAUUCAACAUCCCAUGACAACGAGGAGUCCUCUCCCAGUGUGGCAGCAGACCACCGCUCCAUGUCCCAGCCCCGUCUGUCCCUGGGCAGCCCAGACCACCAGGUCUGUAGGAAACUGUCCCCAGUGGAGAUAUACUAUGAAAUGAGGACGCGCCGUAACUCUGUGACCAGCUCCAUCAGCCCUAGUCAUUCUCUACCAAGGAGUACAUCUAAUGUUGAAGGCAGAAGUGUUCCUGCUACCCCCCUCAUCGCCCGGACUGCCCCAAUCAGUGUUCAUGUCAGAUCGGAUGGCUCUGGUGGGAUUGCACUAAAGCAGUGGUCUGGCAGCCUGGAUGUACCUCAUAUGGUGCCCUUAACCCAGGAAGGCUCCUCCUCGGAGCGCAGAGGCUGCCCGUACAGCUCCCGUGCCCGGCGGAGCAACAGUUCUGAGGCCUUGCUUGACCGCUCCAGUCUCCCCGAGGACCCAGGCCCCAGGAACGGGAUGCCCGCCAAAGGAGGGCCUUACAAAAGCUCUGAGACCCUCACUGAUGGCAAGCUGAGGCACAUCCACCUGGGCAGUCCUGAGAGACACUUGGACGGCUCUGUGGAGCAGGGCAACAGGCUGUCCAUGGGUGGGAGAGGAGAAGCAGGGGGAGGGGGUUACAACGAGCUCCUAAUGGAUUACAUCUGGGGGAAGCAACAGAGGAUUCAAGUGCAACACCAGCUGUACCAAUCAACAGGUAGAAUCUGGCAGGACAUUUCCUCUCCUCGAUCGUCCACUGCUGCAGUGCCUCCUCAAGCCAACGGCUUCUCCCUAUCCCAGGUGCAUCUACCCAGUGCUGCCCCACCCUACAGCCCCAUGGUGAUCCGUGGCUCCCAGGCUGAGCCUCACAGAGUCAAAGUCACGCGGACCAAGUCCUGUGGACCCUUCAUCCCCCUGCAGCAUGACACCAUCCUGCUCUCUGCCUAUGAGUCUCCCCACCCUGCCCCAAGCUCCACUACCUCCUCCAUUCCCAACCUGCACCCCUACCAGACUGAGCUGUCCGGCCCCUCAUUCAAUCACAGGCCUCCCCAGUUCUCUCGCCCAACCCCGGAGGACUCGACGAGGAGUCUACAUAAAGCUCUGGCGCUGGAGGGUCUCAGAGACUGGUACCUGAGGAACGCCCUUGGCUAUCCUACUACCACGUCAAAGGGGCAUGAUUCAGGGGUCUCCCGCCUCUCACACCCUUUGGUGCACCAGGCUCAGUCUAUACAAGGUGAUCCACUCCAUAGGUCCCAGAUGUCUCAGUCAGCCAGCUUCCAUGGCCACCCACUGCAUGGAAGGUCAAUGGAGUUCUCACUGUAUCAAGAGCCCGUUCAUCCUCAGAUGCAAGACAUGACUCCGAAGGAGCCCAGCGCUGACCCUGGCACGUUGGUCUAAUGUAGCUGAAUCAUUUUUUAAACACAUACUUGCACACACACACACACACACACACACACACACACACACACACACACACACACACACACACACACACACACACACACACACACACACACACACACACACACACACACACACACACACACACACACACACACACACACACAGAGAUCCAGACAAUGUAAAAGGAGCUGAUAUAAGGUGACCUCACAAGCUAAAAAAAACACAUUACAACCCCAGCAGAAAAAGACUGUAAAGCCGUUCUGAAUGCCCUGUUAUUCUGUAGCUACCGUAUACUGUAUUGUAUUCUAUCGUUGGUCAGACCCAAGCCACAUGUAACAAACAUCCUCCUUGUUUAACCUAACAAAUCUCCCAAGAUAUAAUUUUUUUACAGAAUAUAGUAUAUGUAUUCUAAAUAACUAUUUUGUAUCUUAUGAGGUAUAAAGAAUAGAUAUAGAACAGGUCAUGUAUUGCUCAUUAGUCUUGUGAUUUACAAACAUAUGUAAUGAACUCAUAUGAUCUAAAAAGUAUUUAGACACCAGUGAAUGUGUAAAUGUACAUGUUUGUAAAGAUGAAUAUAUUACAUCUGUCUUAUCUUUUCAUCUGUCCAUCAAACAUGCAUUGGCUUGCUAUUUCUCAUUUUUGUUAAAUGAAUGGGGACUUACAUUGCAAUAUCGUAGACUGAGGAACAGGAGCUGUGGCUCUGUGUUUAAAACAGAACCCUACCUUUUGUAAAAACGUUAGUGUUUUCUAAUAAUCUGCAAUGCUAACACUAAUCCUUUCAAAGCUUGGUCUUCAAUCAACAAAUGAAAGUAAUGCCUGUUGUUGCCAAAUUGAGUUGUUUCAUGCAAUCUCAUUUUUCUGCAUUUUUUGAGUCCAGCUGCUGAAAGUCAUAAUAGUAAAGUUCAGAGGGCUUUUACUGGUCUAGGACAGUCGUUUAAUGAACUUUCUAGUCAUUUUUAUUCAUUCAGUUGCGUAGCAUGUUUUUCUUCAGAGCACUUUAUGAAUGUCAAAAGCCUUAACCCCUCAAAAGCAAGUAGAACAGUGGGAUGGGACAUUUUCCCCAAGAGAGAACACUUGAAAACCAGAAAAUGGUUGACAGGGUAUCAAGUUUGAGCAAAUAAGAAAAUGUGUGGCCCAAUUGGACAUUCAAGAUCAACAAUAAACCACAUAUUUGGAUCUGUAUAUAUCAUGAUAAUAAGAAAGAUUUGACAAUAAAUUCCUUUUAAAAGGAUCUAACAAGAACAGGGCUAGGGAUGGCACUGCUGAAUGAUGGCAUGAGCAGGCCUUAUGUCAGAACUGUGCUAGUAGGAGAUUCCAUUUCCAAUGUAUCAUGUUGUCAUACGCUACUACUAGUGUUGGCACAAUGUUAUCAUAAUGAUACAAAUAUUUUAAGUCAUUAAUGCCACCACAAUUCAAGAAUGACCCUUUUAUAAGCUUCCCAUGAUGUGCUACGUGACCAAAAUUAUGUGGACACCUGCUAAUCGAACGUCUCAUUCCAAAAUCAUGGGCAUUAAUAUGGAGUUGGUCCCCCCUUUGUUGCUAUAACAGCCUCCACUCUUCUGGGAAGCCCUUCCAAUAGAUGUUGGAACAUUGCUACUGGGACUUUCUCCCAUUCAGCCACAAGUGCAUUAGUGAGGUCAGGCACUGAUGUUGGGCGAUUAAACCUGGCUCGCAGUCAGCGUUCCAAUUCAUCCCAAAGGUGAUCGAUGGGGUUGAGGUCAGGCCUCUGUGCAGGCUAGUGAAGUUCUUCCACACCAAUCUCAACAAACCCUUUCUGUAUGGACCUCGCCUUGUACACGAGGGAAUUGUCAUGCUGAAACAGAAAAGGGCCUUCCCCAAAUGUUGUCACAGAAUUGGAUGCACAGAAUUGUCUAGAAUGUCAUUGUAUGCUGUAGCGUUAAGACCUCCCUUCACUGGUACUAAGGGGCCUAGCCCAAACCGUGAAAAACAGCCCCAGACCAUUAUUCCUCCUCCACCAACUUCACAGUUGGCACUAUGCAUUGGGGCAGGUAGCAUUCUCCUGGCAUCCUCUAAAACCCAGAUUUGUCCGUUGGACUGCCAGAUGGUGAAGCGUGAUUCAUCACUCCAGAGAACGCGUUUCCACUGCUCCAGAGUCCAAUGAUGGCGAGCUUUACACCACCCUAGCCGAAGCUUGGCAUUGCGCGUGGUGAUCUUAGGCUUGUCUGUGGCUGCUCGGCCAUGGAAACCCAUUUUAUGAAGCUCCAGACUAACACUUAUUGUGCUGACUUUGCUUCCAGAGGCAGUUUGGAACUCUGUAGUGAGUGUUGCAACCAAGAACAGGCGAUUUUUAUGCACUACGCGCUUUAGCACUCAGCGGUCCCGUUCUGUGAGCUUGUGUGGCCUACCACUUAGCUGCUGAGCCGUUGUUGCUCCUAGACGUUUCCACUUCACAAUAACAGCACUUACAGUUGACCGGGGCAGCUCUAGCAGGGCAGAAAUUUGAUUAACUGACUUGUUGGAAAGGUGGCAUCCUAUGACGGUGCCUCAUUAAAAGUCACUGAGCUCUUCAGAAAAGGCCAUUCUACUGCCAAUGUUUGUCAAAGGAGAUUGCAUUACUGUGUGCUCGAUUUUAUACACCUGUCCGUAAUGGUUGUGGCUGAAAUAACAGAAUCCGCUAAUUUGAAGGGGUGUCCACAUACUUUUGUAUUUAUAGUGUAUGUGCUUGCCUGUUCUUGUGUAUCAUAGGUUCAUGAUUAUACCAUUAUAAAAGUGCAAAAUUAACUAAAUUAAUGGUAGGAAAGGAAUACCUCUGGAAUAAUAUUGAAAGUGUAAGUGUAUUUCUUCAUUGAUCAUUAUGGUGCAAACUGUCAUCUGAAAACAAAAAAAGUAUGUACGUAGCUAAUAAUGAUCUUUCAUUUUUACUGAGGAUAAUAGACUCAUGAAUGCCAUGGCUUUUCAUCUAUUGACAUGUUUUACAGCUGAAAAUGUUCCUUUCUUCUCAAGUACCUUUAGUGGAAUGUUAUAUGGUUUUAAAUGUUGCUGUUUUCCCAUUCAGUAGUUAGUCUGUGAAAUUCUUCCAGCUAGUUUAAACCUGAAACUGAUGACCAAACUGCUGUGCAUUGGGGGUCGUAAAUGUAUUUUUCAGGUGAUGUAACUAAUGUCUGUAAAACAUAAAUGAAUAUACACUCAGCUCAAAGCAAAUUUAUCCAGAAUAUAUAUUGUAUAUUUAUGAACUUAUAAUAUUUUGUAUCUUUUUGUGAAAUACACUUCUGUCAUAAAGCCCAUACAAUUCUCAGCACCAGCAAGAUAAGUGUGGUGUUAAUUGACAUUUACAAAUGUAUUUGUUUUUCGAUUUUUGGAGUAAUGCCACAAAUGAGUUAUAUUGAUUGACUGGAAUGAGUUGAGACAUGUUUUUUUCAUCCCAUUACACGAUGACCAUAUUUGAAAGGGGUGAGACAUACUGUACAUUUUGUGUGGGAGGAGGAUGGGGUGCAUUUAUUGAUCUUUUUUUAAUAAAGUGUAAUCAUGGUUAAUUAAACAUGUUGAAAUGGAAUCA